AUGAUCCUAAGUCGAGGCCUUGCCAGGGCAGCGCUCUUCGCAGCCAGAAGAUCAACGUCAACCGGAUCAGCAACGUCACUUCUUCGACAGCGGAUCAACCAAAACGCAUUACGACAUCAACCUCUAAACCGCGCUUGGAUUACUACAGCCAACCUCGGAGACCUUGCCUCGGUCCCUCCGAUUGCUUCCUCAGAAGAAGGUGCCGAUAAGAGCGGCCAUAUCACGACGGAGUCUAACGAAGCCAUCCUUUUCUUCGAUAAUAUAUUCCCUCUCAAGCUAAGCAGCGUACUCGUGAGGCCCUGGAAGUCAGACCAUGAUGUCUCAGACCUUCUCAAGCGGUUCGAAACGUCUUCUUUGGGAGUGCUAGACCCUAUCCGCCUUGUCAAGACUGCAAUUCCGGAAGACCUACCGAUUCGAGUCACCGAGAUCCUGCCACGCUUGAAGGACGGGGGCGCCUAUGUCAAGUUCAAAUACAACGCCAACAUAGAUCCUGCCGAGAUCGAAGCUCUGUUGGGCAAGCGAUUGAGGGAAAAGCCGAUAAAGCCAUGGUUCUCCAUCUUCCGCCCCGUAAACGCUCGCCUUGUCCAAGGCACACCUUGGCUGGAAGAUCUGUACAGAUACCCUACCAGUUUUGUCAAGAUCGAAUUUGUGCCCCCGACUCCCGGCAUAACUCCCGAAGAGCUUCCCGAGGAGACAUUGUACUCUUUAUUCCGCAAAUACGGCAAGAUUGCCGACAUCAUCCCGCAGCCCACCGACUCAAAGAUCACACCGCGAUACGCCCACAUCCAAUUCCCUGUAACAAGGGAUGCCAUUACAGCCCGCAAUUGUAUGCACGGCUUCAUCGUGAACGAGGUUUUGGGAGGUGGCAGCAAAGGGACCAAACUUCGUCUUUCUUUCGAGAAGCGUGUUAAGGCCCAUAGUAUCUGGAACUGGUUGACCAACCAUCCUCGAAUUGUCGUCCCUGUUGUUGCAGCACUGAUCGCUGGUCUUUCAGUAUUAAUCUUUGACCCUAUCCGAGAAUUCUUCAUCAAGCUUCAUAUCCAACACUCGUUAGAGUUCAAGGACUCACGCAUUUAUAAGUGGUUCAAGAAGCAGUCGGGUAAUUUUGGACUAUCAAACAAAUCCAAGAGUGAUGACGGCCUUGAGGAAGUCUGGAACCACAGGCGAGACGCAAUUGUUCAAGUGCAAGGCUGGCUUGAUGAAACCUCCGACACCUUUAUCGUCAUCACAGGACCCAAGGGCUCGGGAAAGGUCGAGAUGGUCAUGGACCAGGCUUUGGAAGGUCGUAAGAAUGUGCUCAAGAUUGACUGCAGGCGCAUUGUCGAGGCUAGAGGAGAGGCGGGUACCAUCAAGCGUCUAGCAAUGGCCGUUGGCUACCGUCCUGUCUUUUCCUGGGCAAACAGCAUCAGUAGCAUGGUUGAUCUUGCUGUGCAGAGCACCACUGGCGUCAAGGCGGGCUUCUCCGAAACUCUCGAAUCUCAACUGAAUAAGAUCAUGCAGACCACCACCGGCGCCCUCAAGGAUGUUGCUGUCUCAUCGCGCAAUAAGAGAGACAGUGACUACAAGCUAUCCGAGGAUGCAUGGCUGGAAGCACACCCAGAGCGCAGACCUGUUGUUGUUGUCGACAACUUUCUCCAUAAAGGCGAGGAAAACAGCAUCAUUUACGACAAGAUUGCCGAGUGGGCAGCUACUGCCGUGCAGAACAACGUUGCUCAUGUUAUCUUCCUUACCACAGAUACGGCCUACUCGAAACCCCUUGACAAGGCACUUCCCGAUCGACUUUUCCGUACCGUUUCCCUCGGCGAUCUCGCACCGGAAGUGGCCAAGAACUUUGUUCUCAGUCGCCUAAAGGAUCAGCUGGCAGAUGAUGAGAAGGCACGAAAGGAAUUGGGCGACGACGCACCACCAGCGAAAGCACCCAUUCCGCGUACCAACAUGAUGGAGCUUGAUCAAUGCAUUGAAACCCUUGGUGGUCGACUCACAGACUUGGAGUUUCUUGCUCGACGCCUUCGUACCGGCCAGUCUCCCAAGCAGGCUAUGGAGGAGAUUGUAUCCGAGACAGCCACCGACAUCGUGCGAAUCUACCUUCUUGGCAAGCCGUCCGAUAUUGAGGGCAAGAAGUUCUCUCCUCAACAGGCCUGGCAUCUUGUUAAAUCUCUUGCGAAAAACCCGAAGCUGCGUUACAACGAAGUCGUACUCUCCGCGCCAUUCUCCUCUGCCGCUCCUGCUGGCUCUAAUGCCGAUGCUGCUAUCGAUAACCUCGUCAGUGCCGAACUUAUUGCAGUCAAAACGUACCAGGGCCGCCCAAUGACUAUCACAGCCGGCAAGCCGCUGCACCAAGCCGCGUUCUCUGUUCUCCUCCAUGACCGCGUGCUCCGCGCGAAGAUGGAUUAUGAUACCCUGAACGACUCAUCCAAAGCGGAGGCUCGUUCGAUUGAGAAGGUCGAAAACGAGCUAGCAUUGCUGGGCACUAUGCCUCGACAGCCAGGAGAGACCGCUGGGCGCAUCACCUUUUUGCUUCGCAAGCUUGAAGAUAGCCAAGCUAAGAUCGCCAAGUGGGAUAAGGAGAUGACUGCCCUAAAGAAGGUUCUUAGCGAAGAGUUUUAG